AUGAGGCGUGAAGUGAGACUACUCUUGCGGCCAAUGCGAGGGCUUUGUUUCCUGGUGUCGGUGGUAUACGUGGUCGCCGUCUCCGGCCCCUCGUCGUCGACGACGACACCGGGGUAUGUUCCUCCUGAUCGCCUUUGGUUGGACGUGGACAACACGUUGUACAGUGAAUCCAUCCUAUCGGGCAUCGGAAGAGGCAUCGAAGCGCAAAUCGUACGCGGCGUUCACGAAUUUUAUGAGCGUUUCGAAUCGGACGAUACCGACAAGGUCGCUGCUUCAGCAUCACCACAAGAACGAGCCGACGCCCUUCAUCAGCAGUACGGGUCCACAAUUGAAGGCUUGCGACAAACACGGUGGAAGAAUCUUUUGCCAAACGAGUUAUCGGCAAAGAUGCGGAACUUUUACGAACGUGUCUACCAAGACGUGGACGUAACCGCACUACUCGACACCGACCGUUCCCGUCACUCUCACGGAGGAGCAUCUUCCACGGGUUACUCACACAACGCUGUGGCCCAGCAACAAACCUUGUUACGCGAUGCGUUGCGAUACUCCCCCGUACCCGUUGGCUUGGCCUCUAAUUCGCCCAAGCGCCAUAUUUCUAAAGUCAUCCAAGCUCUUGGACUGACCCGUAUUCCAUGGCACGCCGUCUGCACACCCGACUGCGCCGACGCCCCGUCUCUGGGAGCGAAUAUUCCUUUCCGUAGUGACACUGGCUGCAAAGAGGAUUUUCCCACAAAGUUGUCACCAAACUUUUUCCCGAACGUGCGGGGUAUCUGUGAAGUAUUGCUGGACGAUUCACCAACCAUCCUGCGGUCUGUGGAGGCUUUGCAGAAGAAUUUACAGGGGAUUCUCGUGUCGGAAAAAUCUUCGUUGCUGCAGGGACUAGGGCAGGCAAUUGGUUGGACAGAUCCGGCCUUCGAAUUUUCCCAAAUGGAGUAUUUGCGGGCCAAAAACGUCGUCGAUAUGGAAUCGAUUCACGAAGGAACCUGGCAACGACUUGGAAUGGAGCUGCGAGCACAACGCAAGGAGGAAUUCAACAACGCGAAAGGUACUCUAAGUACAGGCUCUCCGCUAUGUGUAGUUGACGUAGGGGCCGGGCUUCUCUCCAUGUUGCGACUGAUACUGCACGGACACGGAGCCCGGUUACCUUCGUUGGUACACCUUUUACGAGAAAAUCAACAUCCUGGCGUCUCCUCUCUGGAAUACUACGCCUACGAACCAAACCGUGAGUUAGGAUAUGCAGCUACCGUAGAGUUGGAGCGUCUGGGUUUUGGUUUGCAACAAACGUUGCAAUGGGAAGAUUCGAGUAGUCCGACGCCACAGUCUUGUCAAGAAUUUAUCAUGGUCAAACCCGCGAACACGACCGACGAUCAGCCAAAGGUCACUGUUUAUCUUCGUUUUUGGGACUAUCAACGCGAAAUGCACCGACCGCAACCGACGCCACACGUCAUAGUUGGUUGCUGCUUUGCCGAUCUCAUGGAUCCGUACGAAUUGUCCAGAUCCCUCCUUCGACGAUUUCUAGCACCGCCAUCUUUGAGUCAUUUUGACCAUACCCUAGUCUACUUCCCCAUAACCUUUUGCGGUGUCACUCAGUUCUUGCCACCCCAACCAAUGGAAUGGAUUGCAAACAUACCGUCGGAUACAACUGCAUUCGCACUCUACGCCAAAGCGCUCCGGGAGAUUCACGGACACAGCUUGGAUCCGUAUAGUUUGGAACAGGCAUUGGGGGACUACGGCGCGACAUGUUUGGCAAGAGGUCAAUCUGACUGGCAAAUCGAUCCUUCUCGUGACGAAUACUUGUGGGAAACUAUGCUGUAUUUUUUCGGAACCGUCACCUCGAGUGUACUCGAGAAGGCGGCAUGGAAUGCUUUGGGUUGGUUGGAACGGACACGGGGCCUCAGACCUUCGAUUCAAGUUUCCAACACGGACUUGCUCUUUCGCUUUCCGCAUGUGGGAAGUUGGCAGGUAAAAUCUGAGCAGUCGAGUGAUACAUCGCGAAAUCAGACACACACGUUCCAGGAAAUCCAAUUUACGGCUCCCUUCAAAGUGAAAGCAAUAUCAAGAAAGCUCGUCGCCCUUGGACCCAAUCAAGUCCGCAUUCGAGCCAUACACUCACUAAUUAGUUCUGGGACGGAAUUGAAGAUAUUCAAGGGGCUAUUUGAAGAUGCUGCUCUGGACCUUAACAUAGAGGGAAUGACAGAGGAGCGCAUGUCUUAUCCCCUUUCAUAUGGCUAUUGCUCCGUCGGUCGUGUUGUGGAGUGCGGCAUGGAUAUUUCCAAUCCAGGGGACAUUUUGGGCAAGCUGGUAUUUACUUUUUCGUCUCACGCCUCGGAGGUAGUAACGGAUAGAGAUGCCAUACAGAUAGUACCUGACGGCAUCGGCGCUCUUGACGCAAUAUUUAUGCCGUCGGUAGAAACAGCCUUGUCGAUUGUCCACGACGCUCAUAUUCGUAUGGGAGAAAACGUGGCUGUUUUCGGCCAAGGUCUUAUUGGUCUCUUGGUGACGGCGCUGUUUUCUAAGCAAGGCUUUGAUACUUCGGGACGAUUGCGAGCGUUAACGGUCUUUGACAUGCUUCCCGAUCGUCUUGCGAUGUCAGCACUGAUGGGAGCGACCCAGGCGCUUUUGCCAUCUGAAGUGAAGACGGCGGGCCCUUUUGACGUGGCAAUUGAAGUCAGCGGUAACGGCCGCGCUCUCCAAGCAGCGAUCGACAACGUGAAAGAAGGGGGGCGUAUUGUCAUCGCGUCAUGGUACGGAAGCACUGCUGUAGAUCUUAACCUUGGUAUUGAGUUCCACCGCAGCCACAAGAUUUUAAAAACUUCACAAGUGAGCAAAAUCCCUGCCGAGCUUGGAUCGACAUGGACCAAGGAGAGAAGAUUUGCGCUAGCGUGGGAGCUAGUGCGAGAAUAUCGUCCGUCGCGACUCGUAACAAAAAGGACGAAGCUAGAAGACGCUCAAGAAGCUUAUGACGCCCUAGAGAACGGCUCCGAAAUUGCGAUUGCUUUUGAUUAUGAUUUAGCAUGA